UUUCACCUGAAUGCUGAAUUAGGGGAAAGUGACAUCUCUGCCUGGCAAUCAACCAUCCGUCAGUACCCACUCCCCUGGGCUGAGUUGGCCACAGAGAACAUCAUCCUGACAGUACCAGCUGCUGAUGUAUGCCACAUGGACAACCCAGAGAGUCUGCUUUCCAUCUGGAACAAGAUGAUGAAUGCAAUAGCCAGACUGGCAGCCAUCCCAGCAACUUUUCCAAGGCCAGAGAGGAUGGUGGCAGAUGUCCAGAUAUCUCACGGUUGGAUGCAUGCUGCCUACCCAGUCAUGCAUCAUUUGGAGUCGGUGACAGAGAUGAUAGAUGUGUAGUCCCUCCAAGCCAAUGGCCUUUGGGGUGCCAUUCAUGAGCUGGGCCACAAUCAGCAGCAAUCUGAAUGGGAGUUUCCUCCUCACACCACCAAAGCCACCUGCAACCUCUGGUCUGUUCAUGUGAAUGAGACUGUGUUGGGCAUCCCAAGAGAUAAGGCCCACAAUGCAUUCACAGUGGAACUUAGAAAGAAGAGGAUUCAAGAUUACAUUGAAAAUGGAGCACAGCUGAAGGAGUGGGAAGUAUUUACUGCCCUGGAGACAUACCUGCAGCUGCAAGAGGCCUUUGGAUGGGAAGCCUUCAUUGAAAUAUUUUCUAAAUACCAAAAUAUGUCUGAGCUCCCAGAUGAUAAUGACUCAAAAAUUAAUCUAUGGGCAGAAACCUUUUCUCAUCUGGUGAAGAAGAAUUUGACUCCUUUCGUUAAAAGCUGGGGAUGGCCAAUCUAGGAGACCCUUUCCCAGCAGCUGGCUGAUUCUUUCCCCAGUUGGUCAGAUGAUCCAAUGAAGCAAUAUAUCUCCUAA